AUGCAUUACACCAAGCUGGCGGCCCUUGCUGGUUUCGCCUGCGUAGCCUUCGCUCACCCAGGCCCUCACCACGGCAUCUCCAAGCGAGAGGUUGCUCGUCGCCACGACCUAUCCAACCGCUGCUCCCAGCAUGUCGCCCGCUUCAAUGAAAAGCGCUGGAACCUCAACAAGCGAUCGCACGACCACAAUACAACCGUGCAAAUCCAAACCGAAGCACCCUACUACGACGUGAUCCAAAAUGACACUUGCGUCUUGACCCCUGAGGCGACAGAAGGUCCCUACGUCUGGCCUCGCUCCCAGACCUUGCGUCAAGAUAUGACCGAAGGCCAGCCUGGCGUGCCUCUGUGGCUAGACGUCGGUGUCCUGGACAUGAACACCUGCGAACCGCUGGAAGGUGUGCUGGUUGACUUCUGGCACUGCAAUGCCACCGGCAGCUACUCCAGCUUCACUGGCCUUUCUCCCAACACUGCUUUCCCAACAUUGCUGAACGAGCUGAAUGUGACGGACUUUGAUAUUGGUACCACCGAUCUCCAUACCGAUGACACUACCUGGCUGCGUGGAAUGUGGCCGACUGAUCGCAAUGGCAUGAUGGAGAUGAAGACUAUUUUCCCCGGAUUCUACAUUGAAAGAGCUAUUCACAUUCAUGUUCAAGUCCACACUGACUGGACUGUUCGUGGCAAUGGCACAAUGGCCUAUGGUAACACUGUUAGCACCGGUCAAAUCUACUUUGACGAGGAUCUUGAAGAGAAGAUUAUGGCUCUGGAACCUUAUGCUUCUCACACCGAGAUCAACCGCACAACCAAUGCCCAGGAUAGUGUUUAUGGCGAUGACACUGAUAAUGGUUACAACCCGGUCAUCUCGGUUGUUCCCAUCGAUGGCAACGAUUUGAGCAAGGGUAUGGUGGGAUACAUUACAGUCGGUGUGGACCCCACUGCUAUUGAGACUGAUCUAUAG